AUGGCUGAACAAAUCGCUAGAAGUGCCCACUUGGCAAGCACUGUGUUGAAGACGCUCUCUGACGAGCAGAGGUCACUGGCUUUGCUGAAGGUCAAGGAGGGUCUCUUGAAGAACAAGACCGAGAUUCUAGAAGCAAACAGACUCGACAUGGAGGCGGCAACCUCGCAGAAUCUAUCGUCCUCGUUGAUCAAGAGACUUGACUUGUCCAAGAAUGACAAAUUUGAUUCGAUGUGUGAAGGUAUUUUGGAUGUUUCCAACCUGGAGGACCCACUCAAUAAAGUCACUUUAGCCACCAAGCUAGACGACGGGCUAAACCUAUACAGAUUGACGUGUCCGGUCGGAGUUUUGCUCAUAAUCUUUGAGUCAAGACCAGAAGUAAUUGCUAAUAUCACUGCUCUGGCCAUAAAAUCGGGAAAUGCUGCGAUACUGAAGGGCGGUAAGGAGAGUCUCCACACGUUCCAGGCAAUGGCCAAGAUCAUCAACAAGAUUCUUCAGGAUGACACCAAGGUACCCAAGGAUGCAAUUCAGUUGAUUUCGACUAGGGGUGAAGUGAGUGAUCUUUUGAGCCAGGACAGGUACAUUGACCUGGUUAUUCCAAGAGGUUCUAACGAGCUGGUGAGAAACAUCAAGGCCAACACCAAGAUCCCUGUUCUGGGCCAUGCCGACGGAAUAUGCUCGAUAUACGUUGAUGAGUACGCCAACAUCGAAAUGGCCUCAAAAAUCAUAGUUGAUGCCAAAACAAACUACCCUGCAGGAUGCAAUGCCGUGGAAACUGCGUUGAUUAACUCUAGAGUUGUGGCCUCCGAAGGCUUUGCUGAGAUCAUCAAGUCACUGAUAGGUGCUGGAAUCACACUUCAUGUUGUUCCAGAGUUGUUAAAGCAGAUUCCAGCUGAGCUUCUGGAAGCCACUCCUGGCCAGUUCGUGGAGGCAACGGAGUCAGAUUUCAGCAAAGAAUUCCUAUCGCUAGAUCUUGCUGUCAAGGCUGUUUCUUCUGUUCAAGAUGCUGUUGUUCAUAUCAACGCCCAUUCGUCGAAGCACACAGAUGCUAUCAUCACGGAUAAUCAGGAGAAUGCAGAUAUUUUCCUCAAGGGAGUGGAUUCUGCAGGAGUGUACCACAACUGUUCCACCAGAUUUGCUGAUGGGUUCAGAUACGGAUUUGGAACCGAGGUUGGCAUUUCCACCAACAAAAUCCACGCCAGAGGUCCUGUUGGUCUGGAAGGCCUGGUGUGUUAUUAUUACCAGUUGAGAGGGGAGGGUCAAAUUGCAGGUGAAUAUAGUGGUGCUGGUGGCUCGCGUGUUUUCAAGCACGAAAAGCUCGACAUCGGUAAUCUACACCUAUAA